GUCAAAACACCUGGUGUCAACAUGGCCGACACAAAGAACAAACUACGGUACAACACGGUGAGGUUUUGUGUCAGCCGCCAGAACUACAGUAUGCGAAUGCGCAAUCGGCUCUGCGAUGGAAUGCAAUCGGCUGAAACGACCGCAGAGGAUCAACUUGACACAAGCACAACCAUGAUGAUGAUAAUGAUGAUGAUGAAGAACAAUUCUUUCCUUGCCCUGCUGGUUUUGACCAUCGCUGCCUCGGCCCUGGUAUCGGGAUUCGUGCAGCAGCCGGCGCAGAGCAUCCGAAGCGCACCGGAGAGCACGACAACGGCCGUGAACGGAAUCUGGGACAAGGUGGUCAAGAGCAUGGAAUCCGGUUACGCCGGGGGCGAAGAAUCUCCCUACGCCAAGAUCAAGGCGGCCGACGCCAAGAAGGAAGAAAUCCGAAGAAAGAAGGCCCUCGAGCGACAAAAAAGAGGCUUCACCGAGCUCAAGGACGUCAAGAAGAAGUCCUUUGUCAAGCUCAAGUACCCCGGAGCCGAGGAGGAGGAAGAGCCACCGGCACCCGAAAAGAAGAAAUUGUUUGGAUUGUUUUGAAGCGAUUCAAACAAAACCCACCAAAGCAACAGAUCCAAUUGACAUCGAAUUUCAUUAUUGGCUUUGCUACUGGCUUGAUAUGAAGCAAAUUGCAAACUAUCUUCUUGACGAAUAAUGGACUCUUUUUAAA